UCUUUUCAGUUAAUCUACGGCAAGGUGGGAAUCAGCGGACGCUACACACCCUGUCGGUUGCCCUGGAAGCCAGUAACCACAAGCCCUUUUUACUCUCCGCAGCCAAUUUCUACCCAUUCAAACUCCCGUAUACAAAUACAACUUACUCCAAAGUCUCGAAGGCUCGACGCUCAUAAAAGGAAAAAAAAAAAAAAAAAAACUUGCAAAAAAUCAGCACAACUUUGCCACUUUAAAUGCUCCAUGAGCCACACAGCGUCAGAACCCCAAAACCGCAGUCCUCGCUCCUAGGUACUAUCCUCUCACCAUCUUUGCCUGUCAGUUACUUCGGCCAAAACUUCCAAAAAAAAAGCUGCUCCCAAAGAGAUCUUGAUGCUUCCAAUCUCGACCCCAAAAUCCCCUUCUUUUCCUAUCUCCAGCGCCCCUAUAUCCUCCCCUAAUAAAGCCAAAACCCUCGAACUGAAUUCAGUCGAACGCAAAACCUCCUCUAACUCUCUCCAUUUGCAACCUUAUUUCAUUUUACCCAGCCUUAAUCGCUUAUGGCUGCUCCUUUUCAUCAUCUCACUCCAGAUAAUCAUCCUCCUCAUGGUUCGCGGCCUCCCUCUCUCCCAUCGCCGAACCCACUUCCCUUCCCCUUUAUCCGCCGAUCAGAAACUACUCCAAAAAUCGACUAACUUUUCAUCAACCAAUCCCUCUUACUCCCACCACCUAAAAUCCACCGACAUUUCGAUUUCGUCCACUGUUUCGCCAUCCGACCAGUGUUCCUCCGGUCGUAUAUUUGUCUACAACUUACCGGCUGUUUUCAACCAAGAGUUAUUAGAUAAUUGCGAUGAGUUGGACCCAUGGCAUUCACGUUGCGAAGCUUUAUCCAACGACGGAUUCGGGAGAGAAGCCACGGCGUUAUCCGGCGUCGUCCCGAAGGAUUUGAUCCCAGCAUGGUACUGGACCGACCAGUUCGCCAUGGAAAUUAUUUACCACAACCGUAUUUUAAACCACAAGUGCCGUGCGAUGGAACCCGAUUCCGCGACAGCGUUUUACGUUCCAUUUUACGCGGGACUCGCCGUUGGAAAAUACUUGUGGUUUAAUUAUGGUUCAAAAGAUCGUGAUAGUUACUGCGAGAUGAUAUUGAAGUGGGUGAAGGAUCAACCGCAUUGGAGCCGUUCCGACGGCUGGGAUCAUUUCAUGACGAUGGGGCGCAUCACAUGGGAUUUCCGGCGGUCCGAAAACGAAGACUGGGGCUCUAGAUGUAUCUACAUGCCAGGUAUGAGAAACAUCACGCGUCUUUUGAUUGAACGAAACCCCUGGGACUAUUUUGACGUCGGUGUGCCUUACCCCACCGGAUUCCACCCCAGAUCGGACUCCGACGUCUUGCAAUGGCAAGACUUCGUCCGUAACCGCAACCGCAAAACCCUCUUCUGCUUCGCUGGUUCGCCACGUGGCACCAUCAAGAACGAUUUCAGGGGCUUGCUGUUGAGCCAUUGCAAGAACGCGUCCGGGUUAUGCCGGCCUGUGGACUGUGCGGGUACCCGCUGCUCCAACGGCACUUCCGCGAUCCUUGAAACGUUUUUGGAUUCCGAUUUUUGCUUGCAGCCGAGAGGCGAUAGUUUCACCCGCAGGUCAAUAUUUGACUGCAUGGUGGCCGGUUCGAUCCCGGUUUUUUUCUGGCAUCGAACGGCUUAUCUUCAGUACCAAUGGUUUUUACCAAGUGAUCCUGAGAGUUACUCUGUUUUUAUCCACCGCAACGAGGUGAAAAACGGAACAUCCAUUAAAAGCGUGCUUGAGAGUUACAGUAGAGAAGAGGUGAAGAAAAUGAGGGAGAAAGUGAUUGAAUAUAUUCCUAAGUUAGUUUAUGCAAAACCUCAAAAGGGUUUGGAGAGUAUAAAAGAUGCAUUUGAUGUUGCAAUUGAUGGAGUGUUAAAGAGAAUUAAGGAGCAAGAGCAGCCUGGAUACAAGUGGAAAUGAAAAUGUGGAAGGUGAGGGUUCAAACAAAAUGUGGAGAAAAUAGGAUUAUACAGAAUAUUUAAUUUUUUCAUUUUUAAAGAUUGGAAUAGGGGCAUAUCUAUUCUUUCGUCUUACAGUGUUGUAUUUGUGUUUUUGUAUAAUAAUAAUAAUAAUAAUAAUGACAAUAAUAAUAAUAAUAAUAAUAAUAAUAUACUCCUAGUAUAUUUUUUCUUUUGUGGAUGUUUAUUCUAUGAGCGGCGAUUACAGAUGUAAAUUUUUUGUUGGGGAAAUACAUAUGAGAGUUUCAGAAUUAUUACUGUAGCAGCAGUUGGGGAGGUUUUAGAGUUGAAGUGGAUGGUGCUUGCUGCUGCUGCUGCCCUUUUAGGCUUUUACCAGAAGGUUGAGAAUCUUGAGAUAAUGGGAAAGGACCACCAUGUUUGGGGUGGUCCUGCAAUCUUUGGCUGGCUGGAAGAUUGAAGAGGGUCGGGCUAAUAAGGAUGGGAGGAGUGGGACAAACAUAUUAAGCAUGGUAGGACAAAUUAGAUUUGUGGGAAUCAUAUGUAAUAGUAUUAUUUUUAUUUUUUCUUUUGGUACAGGGUCAAGGAGGUUUGGGAAAACUGAAUCCUGCUUCCUGAAAUUACAGAAGGGUCAUGCACGUAUAAUUAUGAUAUUUAGGAAUGGUUUUUUUGAAAGAUUACGAUGAAUUUGUUAAGAUAUAUCUGCUUCACAAUCUUAAUUGUUAUAAUUUUCUUCUUUCUUAAA